CCGCCGGCCGCCGCAGUGGUCGGGCGCGUGUGCGCGGCGCCGAGUUCCGCCGUGCCCCCGCCCCGCCCGGCCCCGGCCACUCCGGCCUCGCUGCCUCUCCUCGCCAGCCCCCGCCGCCAGCCCCCCACCGCCAUGGCCGACGAACUCGACUUCACCACGGGCGAUGCCGGCGCCUCCUUCACGUACCCCAUGCAGUGCUCGGCGCUGCGGAAGAACGGCUUCGUGGUGCUCAAGGGCCGCCCCUGCAAGAUCGUGGAGAUGUCCACCUCGAAGACGGGCAAGCACGGCCACGCCAAGGUCCACCUGGUUGGUAUCGACAUCUUCACUGGUAAAAAAUACGAAGAUAUUUGCCCAUCAACUCAUAACAUGGAUGUUCCAAAUAUCAAGAGGAAUGACUACCAGCUGAUAGGUAUUCAGGAUGGGUAUCUCUCCCUGCUGACAGAAAGUGGUGAAGUUCGUGAGGAUCUAAAGUUGCCAGAAGGGGAUCUUGGCAAGGAAAUAGAAGUGAAAUUCAAUGCCAAUGAAGAUGUGCAGAUAUCCGUCAUAAGUGCAAUGAAUGAAGAAUGUGCUGUAGCCAUAAAGCCUUGCAAGUAAAGAAGAUCACCAGGCUCGGGCAACCGCUCAGGUCUGGACAAACCACAGAUCUAUAAAUUUGGUUCUUAUUGUCACCAAAGCUCUGGCCUUCACAAGCAACCUCAUUUCUUUUUUGAAUUGUUAAAAAGCAGUGCUGGAUUCUGGAUUAAUGUUGCAGGCUAACUGGCAGUUUUCAAAAUCACUGAGAUUUUAAUUCCUUAAUUGUAACUAUUUUAACAUUCCUGUGGGUUUCAGCUAUGGAUCUGAGAAACCAAUCAGGUGUUACUAGUGGAUAUAUUUUUAUUUGCUUGAGCAAAACAGUGUUUGUCUGUAUGAACAGACAAAAUACAGUAUUCAGGGGCUUUUAGAUAAGCUGGUAGAUAUCUAGGGUUAUAAAGUGACCUAGAGCACAAAUAGUAUUUUUCUUGACAUGUUUAGGUAGAACUGACAAUUAAAGUAGCUUUUUGUUUGGUUUGGGGUUUUUUUUUUUUUUUUUUUUUGGUUUGUUUGUUUUUUUAAAGCUUAAGUAUUUUGUGGAUUGGGACUCUUGCAGAACUGUAGGUGCCAAUCACAACUUUUAGACCAAGAAACUCAAGUGAUCAAAAAUGCCAGCUGGCUUGACCAAGCCCCAGUGGCCAUGUGCAACUUAACUGUAUUACCUCUGUAUUCUUCUUUGCCAACUCGUUGGCUUAUUGUAACGAUAAAAUGGUGUCAAAGCCUACCUGUGGUUUAGGCAGGCAGUUGGAAUAUUGGGUAGAUAAGACAUAGAUAGGUCAAGGGGACACAAAGGUGAGAAUGGAUGUUAAAGCUAUAGACUUUCACUCGAGGCCUUUGUCAGACUUGAAAAAUAAAAUAGAAAAAUGCAGUUCAAUUUCUUUCCUUUAUUGUAUUUAUCUUAAACUAUAAAAGGGUGACAAACUCCAUGGGAAUCUGUUGCAGUGCUUCCAGCUUUAGGUUUUAAUCUUCAGGUUCAGACCAUACUUUUGUAGCACAGGGACAUGUCUUUUUUUCACCAAGUGGGACAAACUGUAGCAUUGAGCCUAAACUAAAUGUAUGCCAUCCUUUUUAAACCAGUAAAACUAUUCUAUGUUCAACGUGUAAACUUGACAGGUGAUACUGAACGACUGUGGCUUAACUAUAAAAGAAACUGCUACAUAGUUCUGAAAGCUCCUCUGCAGGGCAGUUCUGAGUCACUGAAACACACAUGCAUGCCUCUAUUUAGUAGCUUAACAGACAAACACAAGGCUUCACAGCAAUAGUUAGGGAAGGGUAACUGGCCCACUCCUGUUUAAGGCAUUCAACUUGAAUUCUCUUCAUGAGUGGGAAGCUUCCUUAGUCCGUGGCUCAGACCUCUCUUCAGACCUCUCUUCACAGUUGAUAAAUAGUUUCAUGAACUUGCCUUAAGCUUCAGUGGCUGUUGGCUAAUGGAGGACAACUCGUAAACGUGUGGCAUGCUGCCCUGGACAGCACGCACAACUCGCGCUCUGUUGGCAGCGAAAGUCACGCUGCUAUUAACUGCUUAAAAUGUUCUGCAGCUUAGUAGUAAGUACUCUUUAAUCCCCAAAGGGCUCAUGGCAGAACUGCCCUUCUGCAUACCAUGGCAGGGCAGAUCUGGGAGGUCUAAUGUAGAUGGCAAAACCAUGCAUUUUUCCACAGACUUCUCAUGACAGCGAGAGCAGUACAGUGAAGGUAAAGACAGCAAUAAACAUACUCUGGUAAUAAAGCACAGUUACCUGAGACACCUGGCAGAAGUAGGAUACUGCCACAUGCUCUUGCUGAGCACAAUACACAUCACAGGUGAACUCUGUAAAUAGCACCUUGACUGAAAUGGCAAAACUGCUUUUAAAAGGAAAAGAUGUAGAGAGACUGAAUGUGUUCAGAACAGCGUUGAAUGUCCACGCUGAGUAGUUCAGGCUAGUCUGCACUAUACUCCUUUUUGCCUCUCUGUUGAACUGGUACCUGGAAGACAGGCUUUGGUGGACUGGGAGGUGACUGAAACCACUGAUGAUGAUCUUGACAGCAAGCUGAGCUGUGUGAUGUCAGAUGGGAAGUCAUAGGUUGCUAUGUCAAACUAAUAUAAGUCCUAAUGUUAUCACUGCAUUACGAUACUUCUAAUAUGCUUGAAAACUGCAAGACUUGGAUUUGUCCUUCUUCUGGUAGUGCUUGUCUGUACUUUCAGGUGGCUGGCUGUCCUCUAAAACCUUGUUGGACAACAAGUAUUUGAUGCCCCUGGCCCACAGUCCAAGCAUUUACUUCAGAGUGUAAGCUGCCUGGGACAAGGGCUGAGGUUUUUUUUUGUCCUGUUCCUGCAAGUGGGGUCCUGGUCUGACUGGAGUUUUCAGGUACUACAGCAAUCUAAAGAACAGAGGUUUUAUGACCUCUGGCUUGCUGGAAGAGCCCUCAUUGGGACAUAACAGAUGUCCUUUUAUUGUGACCUUCAGUUCUGCAAGAUUUAAAUGAUUAAGUACUUCAUUAUAGGUUUGUUCUUCUUAUACUUAGUUGUCUUUUGUGAAGCACUUCUAAUGCUAUGAAGUGCAGAGCACUGGCUCGUUGUGCAUGAAGUUUCCCAUAGUAAUACAUAAGCAUGAAGUCUUAAGCAUAAUCUCCAGGUUUCAAUAAGGUUAAAAGUUGCUUCUAAAAUAGAACAUGUAUUUGAGGCUUUUUCUUUUCCUCCAAAGUAAGAUGUUUCAGUUUGCUGUCAGAAUUGUUUGCAACAAACUUUGUGCUCAAUAGUCCACAUAGAUGUGUAUUUUUAAGAUCCCUAAUCAAAUGCUUAGGGAAAAUUCUCCUUACAUGGCUUUACUUUAGAAGAAAUCUUACCAGUAUGCUUGUUCUGUGGUGUUGUCUUAACACUUAAAUCGUGUCAACCCCCCCCCCAAAAAAAAAAUAUACAAUUCUAAUAGCUGGUGGCAACUGCUUAGCAUAAAGGCUGUGAAAAUGAGGUGAAGAAAAGUAUUUCCACUCCAAACAAUGCAUGUUUUUAUGGCUCCAAUUCAUUGAGUUUUCUCUCACUACGUCAGAGCAUCGGAAAGACUGCAGUGUUUCCUGCCUCAAGCGUUGGCAAAUAAUACUUUAAGAUUUCAAUAGAUCCUUCUAAUUUUUUGCUUCUAAUGGUGUUUUUUCAACUAGGCUCUUGCUAGUUGAGCCAUGUUCUCAGGGCUGUUUUUUUUAAGAAGCUAGCUGAAUUUCAUUGUUUCAAGGUAACUGCUUUCAAGCCUCUUGGCAGGUUUUUCUAAUCCACCACGUACCCAGAAAUGGUGCACAGACUGUAGUUUAACAAUACAGGUAAAUUUUACAUCAGCUGUAAAGAAGUCAAAUUUGUUGACAGCUCGAACUCUUAUGGUUACUGCAGGUCAGUCUCACAGAAUUCAAAAUUCAAUAAACCACACUUUUUUUUCUUUCCCUUUUAUUCCCUCCCUCCUUCCUUUCCCUUAUUUUUUUUUCUUCCCCUUUUUUUUCUUCCUUUUUUUUUUUUUUUUGAGUAAUUUAGAAUGUAGUUUGUUACAGUAGAACUAAACUUCAGAGAAAAAAACAAACCUUCUUAAGGAUAUUUUGAGUAUCUUGCUUAUACACUAAGAAUGUUUGGAAGGCAUAGAUCCUGGAGUUGUGGUUGUGGGAGUGUGGGGGGGGAGCAUUCAGCAUGGUACACCAAGAUGGUCAGGAGUCUCUCCAGCAUCUGUGGUCUGGCUCUACACUGUUUGGCAUCUGAAGAGUAACUUGUGAACUGCAAAGGGAGUGUGAACUGUGUGUUGCUGUAUCGCAGAAACCCCUAUGUCCUGUGCUGUAUAUUGUAAGCGUUAACUGUUGUUCGGAGCAGCUUUCAAAAUGGGGGCGGGGGGCGGGGGGAGAAGAGGAUGCUGGAAGAAGAACGAUGGCAAAGUCUCCUUUUUACUGAUCCUAGCGAAACCUAAACCCUGUCAAUUAUGUGAACCUCGUGGUUCGAAUUUGUGCCUGUUUUGGAAGCUGUGUUUUCGGCGCCACGCAAUGAUUGGGGGUGGGUGGGGGGAAGAUUUAUGUCUUAUGUGUUGUUUUGCUCCAGGAAUUACAAUAAAGCUGUCAGUGCUCUGGGGAGCUGGGUGCUGGUUAUGAUGAUAGGGACUGUAAUCCAACCACUGGUGCUUUGGUGACAUGGAAUGGAUCUGUGGGCUCCAGCUCUGACGUUUUGGGUUGCUGUGAGGACAGCCUCUUGUCCAGGCAGUCGGUUCCCUUGCUGUUAGCCAGCACCCUCAGCUUCCCGGAGGAGAAACACGUCACCGCCGGCGCGGCCUGUUAUUUGUACGAGAAACGCUUGCGUUCCUGUCCGACAGAAAUAAAACUCAAUAAAGGGUGACUCGUCCAUGCUA